AAAACAACACUCCACAUUCUCAGGAACAGGCGGUUCGAAGGCACAUUCUGAGGGAAGACAGACACGACAACAACAUAAUCUGUAGCUAUCAUCCAAAGGGCUGUUUAAUCUAAAGUGUACCCACUCCAUGGAAUACUAAUUGACCAAGCUCAGGGUAUUUGUCACGGUCCCGUAGAGAUGGUCUUUCUUGUUCUGAGAAAUCUGUUUGAUGUCUCUAGCUGGUCCUGUCUGUAUUUCAGAUUUUAAUGUCAGUCAGGGAAAAUAAGGUGCAUGAAUAAAAAAGCAUGAUUUAAUAGAAAACAUUGGGUGGAUUAUUGUAUAAUUUAUAAAGAAUAUGGAUGAAAGGAUGGAUGAAGAUGAUGACGAUGAGAACGUGUGGAAUGCAUCAGCUGUUAUUCUGGACAUUGACUCAGGAUCUUGGGCAGACCGCUCACCCCUCCACGAUGCUGCCAGUCAGGGCCGCCUCCUGGCCUUGAGGACCCUCAUUUUACAGGGUCACAAUGUAAAUGUUCUGACUAUAGACCAUGUAACACCCCUGCAUGAGGCCUGUCUUGGAGACCAUGUUGCCUGUGCCAGAGCACUCAUUGAUGCAGGAGCAAAUGUCAAUGCUUCUACAAUUGAUGGAGUCACCGCUCUGUUCAAUGCCUGUACAGUGGGCAGUGUGGCAUGCACGGAAAUCCUUCUGGAAAAUGGAGCAAAACCCCAGAGUCUUGUAUAUCAACCUUCUCCGAUACACGAAGCAACCAGCAAAGGUCAUUACGGUUGUGUAGAGGCUCUGGUGACUUGGGGGGCAGAUGUGGACAUGGACAUUCCUCACUUGGGCACAGCACUAUAUACAGCCUGCGUCUGCCAAGAGCUCGAAUGUGCCAGGAAACUCCUGAGGGAAGGUGCAAAUGUACAGAAAGGUAAAUCCCUGGAUUCACCUUUACAUGCAGCUGCAGAAAAAGACUGCACAGCUGUAGUGAAGUUGCUGCUGGACUUUGGCGCAGACAUUAAUGCCAGGAACACAGAGUUUCAGAGGCCAGUGGAUGUGGCUCCACCCAGCAGUCUUACAGAAGGCUUUCUACUGCUUUAUGAAGCUACACCACGGUUGCUUAGCCAGUUGUGUCGUCAGUGCAUCAGAAACUGCGUUGGACGCGACAGACUCCACCUUCUUUCUCAUCUUCCUCUGCCUAACAGGAUCAAGAGCUACCUGCAGUACCAAUGACAACAGACUAUCAAACUGUCUGCCUAAAUGGGACUUGCAGGAAGAAGCCUUGGACACCAAAAAAUUAUAUCAACUCCACACUCCUCUUAACUUUAAUUUUAGCUUCCAGUCAAUCCAGUAAAAGCAAUUAAUUUGAAUUAGCUACACGGCCGAGUAGCUGACUGUAGCAGCUGUGUUGAGCUGGCCUGAUUCCCAUGUGAGGAUGUGUGGACCUGGAUAAAUGUAAAGCAGGAUGCCACUAAAACAAACUUCCAGGAUUAGUUUUCCCUAGGUUAAUUUUGUUUGAAUAACAUUAAUAAUAAAUAUUUUGUUUUCUGUUCUGCAGUGUUUAGAAAAUGCCUUACUAGUUGCCAGUGAGUGCUGCACUUUAUAUUUAAACCCCCCCAUAAAAGAUUAGAAUAUCUUGUAAAUGCACACUAUAUGCUGUAUGUUAAUGAAUGUUCAUUGUUUCGCAUUUAACAUUAGAUUAUUAAAAAUCUGUUUUGAAA